GAGACUACAAAACCGAAAAUAAAAGUCCUUGGCAAUUUCAACUGAAUCAAACCUUCCGUUCCUGGCGACAUUGUUUCUGGCCUUAGCUGGCAGACGCCUGCAUACCACCCCCUUACCAAGAAAGACAUGACUUGCAUGCAAUGAGUGUAACCAGACAUUAAAAAGCAGCCAGGACGACACCACGCAUGUGUUAAUCUGCGCUGCAGCAGCGUGCAUCACUUCCACUUUGACCUCAGAGUUAAUCUGCAUUCAGGCAGCAGCUCCAGUCAUUUUCUUUUCAUUUAUUUUAUUUCGUUUUGUAAGCUGUUGGAUUUGGAAAGUGAUGCGUGAGUGGGGGAGGGGGAGGGCAGGUGUAUGUAUGAAUAUGUCUGAGCGUUGUUCUCUCCUUUAACUACCUCUAUAUGCUUUCCCCACCCCCACCCCUUACUCUUUUCUCUACUCUAUUAUAUUUUUCUCCAAGAUUUUGGGAGCUGCUGCCUGCGCUGGUGCUUUGAUUGUAUCUGCAAGGGUUUGUGCUGUUGAUCUUAUUUCUUCACUCUGAAUAUUAAUUCCCGCGGCUGGGAGCAAUGUAUUUUCCCACAGACGGGAUCUGGUAGGGGAGGGAAUUGGUGAGGGAGCCACUACAUAAUAAAAAGCAUACUAAUAACAAUAAUAAAGGAGAGACCCGUCGGCAUCCGAGAGGAAAGAAGGAGUAAAACACCAAACGAUGAGUUCUCCAGUUGCAAGGAGAAUGGGAAGCCGGGUACUCUUGUCUCCUGCAUUUUCUCUGAAAAUGAUGGUGUGGGUUCUGCUCCUACUCGCCCUCCACCCGGGCCUCAGUAGCCAAAAAUCUGAUGAUGACUAUGAAGAUUAUGCUUCAAACAAAACAUGGGUUUUAACUCCAAAAGUUCCGGAGGGAGAUGUCACUUUCAUCUUAAAUGGCUUACUGGAAGGAUAUGACAACAAGUUAAGACCUGACAUAGGAGUAAAACCAACAUUAAUUCACACUGACAUGUAUGUGAAUAGCAUUGGACCAGUGAAUGCUAUUAACAUGGAGUAUACAAUUGACAUCUUUUUUGCACAAACCUGGUAUGACAGACGACUGAAAUUUAACAGUACCAUAAAGGUCCUCAGGCUCAAUAGCAACAUGGUUGGGAAGAUUUGGAUCCCAGACACCUUUUUCCGGAAUUCCAAAAAAGCUGAUGCCCAUUGGAUCACGACACCCAAUCGCAUGCUCAGAAUCUGGAAUGAUGGCCGGGUACUAUAUACUCUCAGACUGACAAUAGAUGCUGAGUGCCAGUUACAGUUGCAUAACUUCCCAAUGGAUGAACAUUCAUGUCCCCUGGAAUUUUCCAGUUAUGGCUACCCACAGGAAGAAAUUGUUUAUCAGUGGAAACGCAGCUCUGUUGAAGUAGGCGACACAAGAUCUUGGAGGCUUUAUCAGUUUUCGUUCGUUGGACUGAGAAAUACUACUGAGGUGGUCAAGACAACUUCUGGAGACUAUGUUGUAAUGUCUGUGUACUUUGACCUGAGUAGAAGAAUGGGGUAUUUUACCAUUCAGACUUACAUUCCCUGUACACUCAUUGUUGUCUUGUCUUGGGUGUCCUUUUGGAUCAAUAAGGAUGCUGUUCCAGCCAGAACCUCUUUAGGUAUUACCACUGUCCUGACAAUGACUACUCUUAGCACAAUUGCCCGUAAAUCUCUCCCCAAGGUUUCCUAUGUGACAGCCAUGGAUCUCUUUGUGUCUGUCUGCUUUAUUUUUGUCUUUUCUGCCUUGGUGGAGUAUGGAACCCUGCAUUAUUUUGUCAGCAAUCGGAAGCCAAGCAAGGAUAAAGACAAAAAGAAGAAAAACCCAGCACCAACAAUUGAUAUUAGACCAAGGUCAGCUACUAUUCAAAUGAACAAUGCCACACACCUUCAGGAGAGAGAUGAAGAGUAUGGCUAUGAGUGUCUUGAUGGCAAGGACUGUGCUAGUUUUUUCUGCUGCUUUGAAGAUUGCCGAACAGGGGCAUGGCGUCAUGGAAGAAUACACAUCCGCAUUGCGAAAAUGGACUCCUAUGCUCGGAUCUUCUUUCCCACUGCCUUCUGCUUAUUCAACCUGGUCUACUGGGUUUCCUAUCUUUACCUUUAAGCAAGAAUGAAGCAGUUAUAAGAAUCUUACUCAAUGAUUCCCAUGAGGAGAUGUUUUAAAAGUUCCCUUUAAAAGUUCACAUACUAUAAUCUCUCAUUUACUUUAUAUCAGUCUCAAUUCAUUUGUGCCAUAAUCCAGAUUAUCCUAAUCAUGCUAUGUCAUUUGUCCUCAACUUUCCUUUGGUUAGUGUGAUUUGGAUAUUACUGAUUGAACAUAUGAAAACUGUUAUGUUGAUGGAAAAUGAGAAAGUUGAAAACAAAUUAGAUACAAUGUAGCUAUGGCAGCUGUAACGGAAAUGGAAGGGGUGUGGAAUUGAAGUUGUGGGAUACCUUUUCAUUUCAUUGAACAGAUUAUAUAUCUAUGUAUGUCUAUGUAGAGAUAUACAUAAUUCUAUAUAGAGUACACAUACACACGACAUUUAUAAGAAAUGUACAAUGUGUUUGCUUGGGGUAGAGAUGUAGUCAAUCUUUACUCUUUAGGAUCUUCUUUUCAUUUUGAGAAGUGUCAUCUCUCACUUCAAAUAAGUGUUAAAUAUCCUAGACAAUUUAUCCUCCCAUACUGCCCAAAGUAAUAAUAGGAGAACAAAAUACCAUCCUUUUAAGAGCAUAUGUAAAAUGUUGUAAAUAUUGCAAUACCUUAUAAUACUUAAAGUAGUGCAUGCAUCAUUUUAGAGCCAAAAUAAAUGAAGCAAAGAUGCUAUAACGUAUUGUCUUUUAUUUUGUGGCUCUGGGCUUUGAGUGAAAAAUGUUAAUAGAAUCAUAAGGAAUCUGGUCUAGGUUUGGGAUUGGGGAGGAGAAUUUAAUUGCCCUCUCAUGCAUGAAGAUUAAAACAGCACUUUUGUGUAUGACAGUUUAAGAUAUCUUACUAUAUUUAUAUAUAAAUAUAUACAGACAAAACAAUCUACAUUUGCCUCUUCUAAAUAGCCUAUGAUUCAAAAAGGAUUGCCAAUUUCUUCUCCAGUUUAUUAUGUGCUUGAUGCUAUUUUUCUUGCUUUCUAGUUCAUUAGAUUGCAAUAGAAAUUAUUCUCCAUCACAAGAUCUGCUUCAGGCUAUUAAUAUAUAAGCUGCUGGUGACUCCUUCCAUACCAAACUCAAAUGAUGAUUAGUUAUAUCACAUGGGAUAUUUGUGGAUGAUCCAUGAUCUCUUGGAAAUUACCAGAAGGCUCAGAAAGAAUUUCAGUUUUCAAUCAUUGUCAUUUAGAAUUUGUAUUUAUUUUUCAGGAAAAGCUCUUUUUUUCUACACUAACAAUGAUAAUUUUCUUUUUCUUUUUAUAUGUGGAAAUGAUGUUACAUUGGUUGUAUAUUUGCUUUGAUUUUUCCCCCAUUUGUGGGAAUGGGUUGGAGCCAAUUCAACCAUAAUUUAUCAUAAAUCACUGACACAGGUUUCCAAAAUACAAACAUGACUAUGGUUAAAGGGAUGAUCUGUCGUUAAGAAGAAAAUGUCUUAUAAACAGGAAGUAUUAAAUAAAUAUUCAUUGAAAGAAUGUUCCACAGAGUGAUAAAACCAAUGACCUUGACAUUGUUAGACUAUAUACUCUGAUUGACCUAAGCAACUAUUGACUUUGAUCAUAAUAAAUUGUGCCAUGUGAACAGUUUGUUUCGCCUCAUGGCUUUCUUUCUGUACAGCAAUACUCUUUUUAAAAUGCUUCUCUUCUGUGGUGUGGUUACUGUAACACAGAUUAUAACCAUCACUAGAACAUAAUUUACAGGUGACCUUAAAUAAUCAGAGGGGAAUAAAAAGUGUCUUUGCUAAUAGA